GAAGGGCCAUCUCUAAAGCCAUCGCAACAAUCUCGAUUCGAUUACAAGUUUCAGCGACGCCGCGUUUUGUAGCAGAAAAAUUAUUUAAUUUUCCUAUUUGUGCUUCUUGCGUUCGUUACAAAUCACCAGCGUGAACAUGUCGAGCAAAUCCCGACGUGCUGGCACCGCCACGCCGCAGCCCGGCAGCACCUCCACCCCGCGAGCCCCGUCGGCGGGACCCCAGCAGCACCAUCAGCAGCCGCCGACCAGCCACUCGCAGACGGCCUCCAGCCCCCUGAGCCCCACCCGCCACUCUCGAGUGGCCGAGAAGGUGGAGCUGCAGAACUUAAACGACCGCUUGGCCACCUACAUCGACCGAGUGCGCAACCUGGAGACGGAGAACUCCCGCCUCAGCAUCGAGGUGCAGACCACCAGGGACACGGUCACCCGCGAGACCACCAACAUAAAGAAUAUUUUCGAGGCUGAGCUGCUGGAGACGCGUCGUCUUCUGGAUGAGACGGCACGGGAUCGUGCCCGUGGCGAGAUCGACAUCAAGCGUCUUUGGGAGGAGACCGAGGAGCUGAAGUGCCGGCUGGACAAGAAAACAAAGGAGUGUAGCACCGCUGAGGGCAAUGCUCGAAUGUUCGAGUCGCGUGCCAACGAGCUGGGCAAUAAAUUCAACCAGGCCAAUGCUGACCGCAAGAAAGUUACCGACGAACUGAACGAAGCAGUCAAGGAGUUGGAACGCCUACGAAAGCAGUUAGACGAGACACGUAAGAACCUGGAGGCGGAGACACUAUCGCGCGUUGAUCUGGAGAACACCAUCCAGAGUCUGCGCGAGGAACUCUCGUUCAAGGAUCAAAUCCACUCGCAGGAGAUCAACGAGUCGCGCCGCAUCCGCCAAACGGAGUACAGCGAGAUCGACGGACGCCUCAGCUCCGAGUACGAUGCUAAGCUCAAGCAGUCGCUACAGGAAUUGCGCGCCCAGUACGAGGAGCAGAUGCGCAUUAAUCGCGAUGACAUCGAAUCGCUGUACGAGGACAAGAUCCGUCGCCUGCAAGAGGCCGCUGCACGCACAUCCAAUUCGACGCACAAGUCCAUCGAAGAGUUGCGCUCUACUCGCGUCCGUAUCGACGGUCUAAAUGCCAAGAUCAAUGAUCUGGAGCAGACCAAUGCCAUUCUUAAUGUACGCAUACGCGAGCUGGAGCAGCAACUGGACAACGAUCGUGAGCGCCACGGCCAGGAGGUGGCCCAUCUCGAGAAGGAGCUUAUCAGACUGCGGGAAGAGAUGACGCAGCAACUACAGGAGUACCAGGACCUGAUGGACAUCAAGGUCUCCCUGGAUUUGGAAAUCGCUGCCUACGACAAGCUGCUGGUCGGCGAGGAGGCUCGCUUGAACAUCGCCCCAGCCUCCAACACUGCCACCGUGCAGUCUUUCAGCCAGUCGCUGCGCACCUCCACCCGUGCCACGCCCUCACGUCGCACGCCCUCCGGCGCCAUGAAGCGCAAGCGCGCUGUGGUCGAGGAGUCUGAAGAUCGCAGCGUGUCCGACUACUAUGUGUCGGCCAGUGCCAAGGGCAACGUGGAGAUCAAGGAGAUCGAUCCCGAGGGCAAGUUUGUGAAGCUGUACAACAAGGGCAGUGACGAGGUGUCCAUCGGUGGCUGGCAGCUGCAGCGUCUGAUUAACGAGGGCGGUCCAUCGACCACAUACAAGUUCCACCGCUCUGUGAAGAUCGAACCGAAUGGCUUGGUGACCGUUUGGUCGGCAGACACCAAGGCCUCGCACGAGCCGCCGUCAAGUCUGGUGAUGAAGUCGCAGAAGUGGGUCGCCGCCGACAACACCAGGACGAUUCUGUUGAACGCCGAGGGCGAGGCUGUGGCCAAUCUGGAUCGCAUCAAACGUGUGGUGUCCCAACACACUUCCUCCUCCCGUCUGAGUCGUCGGCGCAGCGUGAGCGCCGUUGAUGGCAACGAGCAGCUGUACCAUCAGCAGGGUGAUCCCCAGCAGACCGGCGAAAAGUGCGCCAUUAUGUAAUAUCACACACAAAAACACAAACUUUUUUCUGAACCAGACAAAUUAACAAUAAGCGGAAAGCAUAACAAGAACCCACAAAAACGCAGAGGUACAGAAAAUUAAUAAUCAGAUAAGUUAUUUUUGUUGGCCACAAGGCCAGUAAUUUAAUCAAAAAUCAUUUGUGUAGAUUUACUUAAGCCGAUUUCAGUUAAUUUACGUUUCGUUUUUCUUCAAAAUCUUCUCUAACUUUGUAUGAAACUAUAGUUUAUUGUUCCAUUGACAACGUAAUUUUCACGUUUUAUGUUUUCACGUAAGCAAACUAUUGUAAUCUUUAUUUGGCAUAAACUGGAGUCUUGAAUUUCAUCUAUGCCACAUAGAAUUUACAUAGCACUUUCACCUUUUGUAUUUGUGACGCCAAGAACUUCGAAAAUAUUGCAAGAAAACAAUAUUUUCGAUGUACUUGCGCACCCUCUCUCUCUAUGAGUAAAUAGUUCUUAAGCAAUAUCCAAGAUUAACUAACCAUAAACUACAAAAAACAACGAGCAAAUGAAAGGGAAUAUAAAAAUACAGGUCAAGAGAUUUAACUAAAAGAUGCUCCUGACAACAGACAUAUUUAUUUAAGUAUUUUUUGUACAAUCAGCAUAAAAUACAAUAUACAUUAUACACAGAAA